AUGUCCGUUAAAUGGCAAUGGCUUGAUGAUUAUCAAUGGGUUGACUAUGAUAAAAAAACAAGUUCAUUAUUAGAAAAGUCAUAUCUUGAAGGAAAAAAAUCUGAAAGUUGUGAUAAAGAACGAUUUGUUGAGUUUUGUGAUAUCCACACUAUCCAUGAUAAUUUUUCUUCAUUACCAAAAGACUACAAAUCACUUGUUGGUAUUCAAAGAAGGAAAGAUAAUCCAAAUAGAAGAAGAUUGGUUCAAAGAUUAAUGCCAGCAACAUAUGAUGGAUAUAUUGUAUAUAUUAUAAAAGAGUCAUUAGAAGAUGGUGUUGAUUAUGAUGGAUUAAUUGAUAUUAUAAAAUUAAGAAAAGGAAAAAUAACAAAUAAAAUAAAUAAUUCAACUCUUGUUGUUUGUGAUGAAACAAAAUGGAAUAAUGAUGUUAAAAAAUUGAUACAACAAGUUCUUGAUGAUAAAAUCCCAAUUGUUACAAGUACUUUUGUAAAUAAAAGUCUUGACUCAUAUAAAUUAACUACAAAAGAUCUUCAAAUUAAAAACAAUGAAUUUACACAACGACUAAAUGAGAAGAAAGAGAUUUCUAUUAAAAGAAUGAAAACAUUUGAUGACUUAUUCCAAGCAAAAAGAAAAAUUGACUUGAAUAUGAUUUUUUCAAUCCCUUUUGAAAUUAAAGAAAUUGAUGACACAAAGAUUAUUCUUAUGAAUGAAGGUAAAGACUUUGAUUUACCUGUAAAACCCAAUAGAAUUUCUAAUGUGGUUGAUUUAUUAAAAGGUUUGUCUAAACAACUUGAAUUAAAAUUUAAUGAUGGAAAGGUUGAAGGGAAUGAUGGAGAAAAAAUCAAAAUUGAAAUACAAUAA